AUGUUCGUGAAAAGGGCGCGGCCACGCCCGCAAGUUAGAGCGAGGGAAGCGGACGAAGACGAGGUCGCCACGGCUCCCUCGCCGGCUUCGUCGGGCGACACUGGCGACGAGGUCGGCAGCGUGAUGGAGAGGAAGAAGGCGCAACGCAAGAAGCAGCUUGGCAAGUCCAAGCUGAGCUUUGGCGGCGACGACGAGGCCGGCGGGUCGGACUCUACGCCGUUCAAGCAGCGCAAGUCGCUUCUCUCGCAGGCGCUCAAGGCCAGCGCACCCUCGACUCCAGCCGCGGCGGCAUCCACCAGCGGCGCGGGCGCGGGCGCCGGCUCGUCCUCGUCCAUGUACUCGCGCGACUACCUCGACGAGCUCAAGGCCGCUACGCCCUCGCGUGCCCCGCGCCCCGAGGACGGCGACGGCGACGGCGGGCUCUCGCGCGCCGCGCAGGACAAGUACGCAUCGGCCAUCGAGGACGACCGGUCGGCCGGCAUCCCGGAUGCGGCGGCGAUCGCGGCCGCCAAACACAAGCGAUCCGCGGCUCUGGGCGGUGUCCGGGGCGCCAAGGGCGAAGACAUGGACGACGAGUACAUCUCCCUCGGCGGCGACAACGAGCCGCACCCCGAAUCGCGGCUCAUGCGCGAGGAGGACGAGGGCGAGGACGGCGACGAGGACCUGGCCGACUACACCGAGUCCAACCAGCGGCUGUACAUUGGCAAGGACGCCAACCGGGCGGCAGCACGGCGGCUGAGGGGCGAGAUUGGCGAGAUGAUUGCAGAGCGCGAGGCGGAGAGCGACAGUGACGAGGAGACGCGGGCGUGGGAGGACACGAUCGUCGCUCGCGCUGGGACUGGGAUGGCCGAGGCCAAGAAGGAGCCGAAGAAGGCAGCGGGCUAUGUGCCGACAAAAAUGCCCUCCAUUCGCCCCGUCCCGACCAUUGCGUCAGUGGAAGCGAGGAUAGCGCAGAGUAUCGCCGAGUUGCGCGCCGUCAAGAUCGAGAACGAAUCAAACUUGGAAACGGCCAACCGCGACCUGGUACUUCUCGAGGAGCAGGAGCGCGACAUUCGCAAGCAGGUCGAGAGCGUCGAGGGCAAGCGAGAGUGGGUCGAAGAGUUCCAGGGAUGGGCCGAGAUGCUGGGUACCUUCCUCGAGGAAAAGCACCCAUUGCUCGAGGGCAUCGAAAAGGACGCGACCAAGUUUCAGCGCGAGCGCGCCAGUAUGAUCAGCGAGCGCCGUGCAGCAGACGACAGCGACGACCUGUCCCUCUUCCUCGGUAUCCCGACCAACGUCCCCGAGGGGAGCAAAGUGGACACGUCCACUGCCAACUCGGACUUUCGCCGCGUCAGGCGAACGGCCCGCGAUGACCGCCGUGGUCGCCGACGGGGUAUUGUCGUCGCGUCCGAGACCGACGAGGGCUUCUCGACCGACUCGGAGCUCGACCCGGACACGCAGGACGAAUAUGAUGCCUCGCAGCACGACCUCGAGCGCCGCGUCCACGCCCUCCUGGAGGACGUCAAGGCCGAGGACUUCAGGUACCCCGAGAAGGGUCUCGCCGUGCGCUUUGACGACUGGCGCUCGCGUUACCCCGACGACUACGAUGGCGCGUUUGGCGGCCUUGCGCUCGUGCAAGCAUGGGAGUUUUGGGCCCGCGGUGAGAUGGUCGGAUGGGACCCGUUAAGAAGCGACAGCCAGAUUGAGAGUUUUACGUGGUUUACCGCACUGUACAACUACUCGCGCCCACGCAACGGCCACGACGAGGACGACAUGGACAUUGACGAGGUCGGGCCCGAGGGCGACCUCGCGACCGAGAUGGUGUCCAAGGCCGUCGUCCCUGUUCUCAUCCGCGCACUCGAGGCUGGCGCAUACGACCCGUACUCGGCACCACAGACGCGCCGCGCCGUCGACAUUGCCGAGGUCAUCGCCGAGCUCACUGGCAAGGACAGCAAGAAGUACAGCUCGCUCCUCAAGGCGAUCAUGGGCGUGUACCAGGUGCACAUCUUCUCCCUUGCCGCUGCGGUCGCGUCGUCUGGCGGUCCCGGAUCCACCCGUCCGCCACCGUACAACCCUACGUCGCGCAGCGCAAUGCAGCGCUACGUGCGUCGCCGUCUCAAGCUCCUCCGCAACCUCCUCCUGUGGCGCCGCGUUGCGCCCAACGACGUGCCCGACCUCGUCGCGCGUAUCGUGUCCGUCGUCCUUCGUCCAGUGCUGUCGAGGACAUGGGAGGGCGGCGGCGAAGACAUGGCCAAGAAGGUCCUCGAGGUCGCUGGCGCGCACUUACCCCAUAAUCUUGUCACGUUCCUUCAGAAGGGACCGUAA